GGUCCGAGAAAGGUCUAACUCCACCCAUUCCAUUCCAAUCCAUUCAAACCCCUCAAGUUUUGAUUUGGACACGAAAUUCAAAUUUCAAAGUUGAAGACCCGCAAAAGACGACGACGACGACGACGCCCCCUUGGCACUGUCCCUCCACUCAAAGCCUUUCGGCCACUUUCCUUCUCUGAGCUCUCUCUCUUUCCAUCCUUAAAUCAGAUCUAAAAAGACCCCUCUCUGCGAUUCCAAACCAAAAUUCAACUUCGCUUUCACCGGAAUCCUUCGAAUAUCCCGGCAAAAGAAGCAGCAAAAAGCCAAGAAUGGAGAAUGAUUCCUCCGCCGCCGCAGCGGUACAAGUAAAAAGCGGCGUUCCGACUCACGGUGGAAGGUACGUUCAGUACAACGUGCUCGGCAACCUCUUCGAGGUCUUCCAUAAGUACGCUCCUCCCAUUCAGCCCGUCGGCCGUGGCGCUUACGGCAUCGUCUGCUGUGCUACAAAUAUUGAGACAAAGGAAGAAGUUGCAAUCAAGAAAAUUGGGAAUGCAUUUGACAACAGGAUUGAUGCUAAAAGGACCCUACGUGAAAUCAAACUCCUUUGCCACAUGGAUCAUGAGAAUAUCAUUAAAAUUAAGGAUAUCAUACGACCACCAGAGAAGGAAAAUUUUAAUGAUGUUUAUAUUGCAUAUGAACUUAUGGAUACAGAUCUUCAUCAGAUUAUCCGCUCUUCUCAAGCACUUACAGAUGAUCAUUGUCAGUACUUCCUUUAUCAGUUAUUACGGGGGCUGAAAUACAUACAUUCUGCAAAUGUUUUGCACCGAGAUUUGAAACCAAGCAACUUGCUUCUCAAUGCAAAUUGCGACCUGAAAAUCUGUGAUUUUGGGCUUGCUAGAACUACCUCAGAGACAGAUUUCAUGACAGAGUAUGUUGUAACCCGCUGGUAUAGGGCCCCUGAAUUGUUGCUCAACUGCUCUGAAUACACAACAGCCAUUGAUAUUUGGUCAGUUGGUUGCAUUUUAAUGGAAAUUCUUAAAAGGGAACCACUGUUUCCUGGUAAAGACUAUGUUCAGCAAUUGGUUCUUAUAGUGGAGUUGUUAGGUUCUCCAGAAGAUUCAGACCUUGGAUUCCUAAGGAGUGAGAACGCGAGGAAGUAUGUCAAUCAACUACCUCGUUUCCCAAAACAACCUUUCUCAAAGAAGUUCCCAGAUGUGUCCCCGGUGGCCCUUGAUCUUGCAGAAAAGAUGCUAGUUUUUGAUCCAUCAAAACGCAUAACUGUUGAGGAAGCGCUCUGUCAUCCAUUUUUGUCAAGUCUCCAUGAGAUCAACGAGGAACCAACUUGCCCAUCCCCUUUCAUCUUUGAUUUCGAACAAUCCUCUUUGAGUGAAGAGGAAAUCAAAGAGCUCAUAUGGAGGGAAUCCCUUAACUUCAACCCAGACCAGAUGGAAUAGACACCAGCCUUACCAACUCUCUGUGAGAUCAAUGAGGAACCAACUUGCCCGUCCCUUUUUGCCUUCUAUAUCGAACAAUCCUCUUUAAGAGAAAAUAAGGGAGCUCAUAUGGAGGGAGCCCCUUAACUUCAACCCAGAUGAGAUGCAAGUUCUGUUGGUUAGUUCAUAAACGUCUUGAGUGUUUGAUUUUGGUUUGGAAAAGAUGGGUGUAUAUGUAAUAUCUGAUUUGAGUUUUUGUACAAGUAGAAUGGUUAAGAGGAAGAAGUAUUUCUCUCCAAUAAAUUGACUGGUUGGAGGGACGAUUGCUGUUUGUUUGGUAUGGGGAGUUGUGAGAUUCAUUCCUUGAGAAUCAUUCCCCAUAAAGCAAUUAUAUGACUAGGUCAUAUGCUGGCCUUAGUUUUUUAUUUUGUAUUGUAUAUUCCAAAUUGUUUUUUUUAUCAAUGCGUAUAAGUAGAAACUAAAAUGUGGCAAAAGUAGAGACGCUCUUGCAUGUUGCUGAAUGCUGUUUCCUCAAUUAACUCUUUACAUCAAAUAUGCGUUCCUGGGA